AUGGAACUCGCAUUGGAUAAGCAGAUGCUCAGGGUGGGCCGCUUGGACGCUGAUGUGCCCUACCGUCGCUUCAACACGUCUUUGAAGGACUGCAACCCGGACGUGUUCAUCGCCGCGUUCGCUCAGCAGAUGGAGCUGAAGAACUACGUCGACCCUCCGAAGUGGACCGACUACGCCAAGACCAGCGUGGCGAAGGAGCUUGCUCCCCAGAACCCAAAGUGGUUCUACAUUCGCAGCGCUGCUAUUUUGCGCCACCUUUACUUCCACCCUGACGAGGGAAUCGGUAGGCUGAGGCACGUGUACGCCUCCCGCAAGAGGCGCGGCUGCGCUCCCAACCACACCUGCCCUGCUUCCGGCAAGAUCAUCAGGACGAUCGUGCAGCAGUUGGAGGCUAACGGUUUCCUUGAGAAGAGCAAGGACAACAAAGGGCGCCGCCUGUCUCGCCGCGGCUGCAACAUCGUAAACGAGUUUGCGCGCCACUUGACCCGCAGCCUCAUGGAGCAGAGCUCGUCUUGA